UUGCCGAUAGGCAAUCCCUUGGCGGGGUUAACCCGCCACCGGGAAAUUAUCUCACCUCACGCCAUCGGCGAGGGGUCUCCACAGCGUCGGGAAAAAAAACCCAGCCGCAUUUGGAUUGCCAGAAAUUGUCUCCGCGUUUGGAUUGCUCCAUAUCAUACUGGAUAUCUAGUUGUGCUCGAGGCUGCCUGCUGGCGCCUGACGGAUGCAGAGCCCCGGGAAAAACUAGUGUGACACAUGGCUUCGUCGCUUGGAACCACCAACUCUCCUGCAAAUCGUUCAAGAUCACUCAGCAGGAAAAGCUCGACCAAUGCGUGGCUAGGGUUUAUUUUCUAACCAUGUGGGGGGUCCUUAACUAACGCGUUGGUAGAUGACUGCAGGUGUGCUGGACAUUGCCAUGCCUUCUCGCGUGUAUUUUGCACCCCAUGUGUUCCCACCAUGGCGUCCAAAUCUGUUAGGGCAUUAUUCUGAUGCGACGAGAUCCAUUAUGUUUGGUUGUUGUUUCUCCAGCUUCCUGGGCUUCGAACCCCCACAUGUUCAUGUUCAAAGAUUCUGGAAUCCUGUAGAGUUUGGGGGCAUUUUUAGAGUAGCUAAUAUUCCCUGCGUAAAUUGGUUCACAAAUGUUACUCAGCCAGGGUUGGUACAUGUGAAGAAUGCACCCAAGAAGUUGAUUGAUCUUGGGGUCGAGUUUGCGCCCAUGGAGUAGAUCAUUAAAGAUUUGGUUUCAUCACUAAAAGAGACAGGUUUUCUUAUGUUUCAGUGUUUUCUGAAUGAAGAUUUGCCUUACGUAGUGGGCAAAUGUAAACAAUAUUUGAUGUUUUAAGGUUUGUAUAUGAACUUGGAUUUCCUUAAAUCUUAGAACUAUUUGACAUGUUUAAGUUUGACUCCAUGGAUGAAAAAAUACGUCGUUGGAUUUAUUUAAAUUUUAGAUCCAUUGCCGCCUUGUUCCCCAGGAUGGAGUACAUUGUAUUGUAUUGCUCUAAAAUUUGUGACAAUUUCCAUACAUAUGCAGUUACAAGA